AUGACGAGCGACGAGCAGUGGGAUGACAGCGACGACGUCGAGUAUGCGCACAUGAACGAGGUCGUACCUGGCCUCUGGAUCGGCGACAUCCAAAGCGCGUCGGACGCUGAGGCUCUCAGGUCGAAGAACAUCCACAGCAUCCUCUCCGCGAUGCGGGGGCGGGUCUCUAUCCACCCAACGUUCAUACACCAGCAGAUCGCGGUCGACGACGAAGAAGAAGCCGAUAUCCUCCCGCACCUCGUCCCCGCGAUCUCCUUCAUUCAAGCCGAGCUUGAGAAAGGCCGCGGCGUGCUCGUCCACUGCCAAGCCGGCAUGAGUCGAAGUGCCACAAUCGUCGCCGCCUACCUGAUGUACUCCCAAAACAUCGACGCUACCACCGCGCUUGCCCAGCUGAAGCAGGCGCGGCCCAUCGUCCAACCGAACGACGGAUUUCUGUACCAACUCGAGGUCUUCUACGCCGCCUCGUUCAAGAUCACCCGCAAGGACAAGACGAUGCGGAUGUACUACCUAGAACGCGCCGUAGGCGAGAUGCUCAACGGCGAAGGCCAUGCCUCCACCGACAUGUUCGCCAAGUUCCCCCGCACGCCAGGCGACUCCGGCCCUCCCACGCCGAUCCCACACAAGCGCCGCAUCCGGUGCAAGAUGUGCAGGCAAGAGCUCGCCACGCGCGAACACAUGCUCGACCACGGCCAGCUCGGCCCACCAACGCCCGCCUCCGCCUACGCGCUCUCGCCCGCCGCCUCGCGCCGCCAAUCGGCCACCUCCGACCGCCGGCCGUCUUUCGGCCUCGCGCAGCAACCCCGCCCGCGGCUCGGGUCGAGCUCGUACGCCGACACGCGGCCCCGCCGGCCCUCCCAACUCGGCAGAGAGGGCGGCGGCGGGCUCACGGGCCUCUCCAUGUCGGCGCUCGAAGCGGAGGAGGACGCGGUGGUGGACGACGAGGACGACGAGCCGGGGAGCAGCACCGCCUCGCCCGCCUCGCCCUCCCAGCCUCAACCUUCACCCCAACCGCACCCCUCGUCGCCAGGCUUCCGCUCGCGCCUCGACUCGCGCGGCUCCCUCUCAUCGUCGACCCGCCCCAUCCGCGCGUCGCCUCUGACGCUCGACCCGAGCGCGGGCGCGGGCGUCGGCCGGCAGAUGUCGGACUCGAUCACGGCGCUCGAGGCCGCCACGGGUGAGGGCGGGGGAGAGGAGGACGGGGCGGUGAUCGAGGAGGAAGAGCUGGACGAUGCGGAGCCCGUGCCGGCGCGGCCGACGGCGCUUCGGGAGAGGAGACGCUCGAGCGAUUUGGGGAGGAGGAAGCCGAGUUUUGGCGCGAGCUUUGGGGCGUUGACGAUGUCGGCGAUCAAUCCGACGCCGAAGACGGAGGGCGCGCCGAAGGCCGUUUCGCCGCCUCCGCCGCAGAAAGCCGUUCCGCCUCGACAGCAAGACGCCGGGCAGGGAGGGACCACCGCGAGGCAGUUCAGCAGUUCGAGGGACAUCGCGGCGGAGUUGAUGGCGAACCCCAAGUUGGCCGCGUUGAGGAGCCCGACGGGGUUGCAGAUGACGCCGAUGCAGGCUGGCGGCGGUGUGGCAGGGGGUUCGCAGCAGCAACACCAACAGCAGCUACAACAAAAGAUGGCCGCGAACGUACCCCCGAUCUUGGCCGAUCCGAAGUGUAGCGGGUAUUUCCUCGAACCUAUGAAGUGGAUGGAGCCGUUCCUCGAGUCUGGCCAGCUCGCGGGCAAGAUCGUGUGCCCGAACAAGAAGUGCGGUGCGAAGCUGGGGAAUUACGAUUGGGCCGGGGUGAAGUGUAGUUGUAAGGAGUGGGUCACACCUGGAUUUUGCAUCCAUCGGUCGAAGGUGGACGAAGUCGUUUGA